AGGAAGAGAGACCAUAAUGUUUAUUACAAGUAAACCAUUAAAUGGAAUGAAAUUUAUAGCGGGUUUAUUCCUAGUUUUUAUUUGUAUGAGUGAAUCCUGCGAUCGUGUUGUCGAGAGAACAGAUUUCUUGACUGAGAAAACUACCUCAUGUUGCUUCGUCGAGUGUCAACCAAAUUUUUACGUCAGGAGAUGUGAAGUGAAUAAUACGGCAGACCGUUGUGAGCCCUGUCCCCCAGGAUCACUGUUACUAGACCCCACAAACUCCUACUUCCCGUUUCCCUGUCGCCGGUAUGACUGUCCUCCGGAAACAAGACGAGUAAACUCUUUGUCAAAAACUGGCUGUAGAAUACCAUGUGAAUGUGACGAGAGUAGAGGAUACAGCGGGGCGGAUCCUUGUUUAUGCAGGAGAAGGGUUUUAAACAGAAAAAAAGAAGGUAUGGUAUAA